UCACUUCUAUUAUUCCCCAUGCAUACGAUCAUGAUGACAUCUCGCUAUGAGUGCACAAAGAAAUAUUCCGAGCCAUCAUCCAUAGUAUUAGCUGAAUUCUAUGAAAAACCGAUACACAAAGCGAUGCCUUUCAAAUCAUUUGCAUUGCUCAAGAGGAGAUCAAGCAGCAGCGGAGCUUGAGGCGACGAGCACCGAGUCUUCGGUAUUCGUCUAGCAACGGUCAUGAAGUACGCCGGCAUGACGGCAGUGCUUCACCGCGAUAAUAUGGAGGUGCCUCUGCAGGUACCCAUCAUUGUUGCAACAUGUGGCACAUACCUAAGAGAAAAGGGUAGCCAUGCUGAGGGUAUUUUUCGAGUCAGCGGCUCGUCUGUAAGGAUUCGCGAGCUCCAGGACAAGUUCGAUUUGCCAAACAACUAUGGCCAAGACUUGGACUGGACACCAUACACGGUUUAUGAUGCUGCCGAUGUAUUACGCCGAUAUCUUGGGCAACUACCCGAGCCCGUGGUACCACUCUCAUUUUACGAGGCCUUUCUGGAACCAAUCUGGCGGUAUCAGCAGGAAGCGUCCGAUGGGACUGCCUUCCGCGAUAAGGAGACGGUCGCAGCAUACCGAAAGCUGGUCAGCGAUCUGCCCCCGGAGAACCAUCAUUUGCUCAUCUAUCUACUGGAUCUCCUAGCCUUCUUCUCCUCAAACUCUGGCGACACUCGGUUGAGAUCAGGAAGUCUUGCAACAAUCUUUCAGCCCGAGCUGCUCUCGCCGGCUCUAGAGCAUAUGAGCCUUGCCGAUCAUAAGCUCUGCCAGGCGGUGUUGGAGUACUUGAUUGAGAUGGGCGACACCUUUGCCUUGAACGAGACCACAGAAUGAUUAUGUUGCAUUUCUGAGGCUUCAAUAUCAUUACAAUUUUAGGGGGUGGGAGUGGACUUUAGUUUAUUAUUCAACCAUACCAGGCUGGCUCGAUAAUGAACAUAGUAAUUAAUCAUGUAGGGACAAUUACGCGACUAGAUUACGACAGGUAUGGUAUAUUCUAUACAGCUCGUCGGCCAGGCCAGACCGUCCGUACCCCGUCCUCUCUUC